AAAGAAGAAGCAGCUCUGGAUGAAGUUGUAGAAGGUGCUCUUGAACAAGAAGCAGAAGGUCGUCAAGAUGAUUCAGAACGGCGGGCUGUUGAAAGAGAAGAGGGAAAUAAUGGAGAACUUGGUGAUGUUGAAGUUCCACUAGUUCUCCCUGAAGAAGAAGAACCAGCAGAAGCUGGUGGGAUUUUCUCCUGGCUGUUUGGUGCUUCAACUUUCUCAAGUAGAGCUACUUCUAGUUUCAACGACGUGGUCAGCGGAACUCCAAAUACUACUACAACUAAUCCUAGCAGUGGUCUCAAUGUCGGCAUGGAUUUUUUCGAUCAUGCGCCGAUUGGCCCUCCCGACGUCUGUCGUGGUGUUGCAACAGACGGGCAAAUCCACGUUCCAAUGGGGUUAGAGCUUGUCCCCUGGACCGGCGCAAAUGAUAUGGCAGAUCUCGAAAGCAUCCCCGAUCCAAAAGAAAGGGCUCGUAUUCUAAAGGAAGAAUUGACGAAGAAGGAACAAGCCAGAUUCCAACAAUUGGGAGUACUACGUGCGAGCAGUAAAAGUCUAGCUGAGGGAUUCGCCUCGAUCCAGGAGAUGAGGACGAGAGAGAGACAAAGAGAACAUUUACAACGCUUAGAAGAUGACAUGAUCCGUGCUAGGCAACAAGACGUUGGACGAGUGCAGCUUUAUCGUCCAGAACAGUUGUUGGCUUUGGAGGAUAGAAGGAAUGAUGGUAGCAAUACUUCUACAGCUAGACUCCGGAGUGUAGUAGAUGCGUCAUCAUCAAAUUCUCCGUACGUGCCACAACAAGAACUUUCCUAUUCUGGACUAGUGCCAGUCGUACCUCAAUCGUCCGCUGCGCCUGCUGUGACAUCACUAACGCUGCGAAGACAGCGGGAGCAGGAGGAGCUAGAGCGUCAGAGAGCAGACCAACAUCGCUUUUCGUCUUUACAGAGAACAGCUGAUGUCGCUAUUCUUGUUGAAUCUUUGCUCAUCCCUGAAGAUUUGCAGUACCCGAAUAUGUUGCAGC